CAGCUGCUUCCAAUCAUCGCGGGAUCACUUGACGCGCCGCUGAAGUGCGCAUCAAGUGAUGCCGCGAUGGUUCGGGGGCCCGAAAGGGGCCGAGGGGAACUCAAGGGAGCGUGCGGCUGACGACAGUCGGUCCCCAGCGAUGCUGCAGGCAGUCCGCUGACAGCACCCUCUGCCUCGGAGAUGAGGAUGAGUCCCUGCUCGCGGCGAUGGAUUUUACGCGUGGUUGUUAUUUAGAAGUACUUUUAUGCUUCGUUUUCGUUUUGGAUCUUCUUGGGACAGGUGCCACGCCCCCUGGAAGGCUGCCAAUCACAGCGGACCCGUGCUCGUCGGACCCGUGCCAGAACCGCGCGCUGUGCCGUAGCCGCGGUAACGGCUUCGCCUGCUUCUGCGUGCCGGGCUUCCAGGGACGGCGCUGCCAGAUCGACGUCGACGAGUGCGUCUCGGCGCCCUGCCUCAACGGGGCCACCUGCGAGGACCGGGUGGGACGCUUCACCUGCCGCUGCCCCCCGGGGUUCACAGGGAGCACCUGCCAGCUGCAGAUUGACAAGUGCCAAUCACAGCCGUGCCUGAACGGGGGCGGUUGCCAUGACACCAACCAAAGCUUCGCGUGCACCUGCCCGGCCGGUUUCCACGGAGACCGCUCGAGUUGCCAGAGUGGGCCGUGCCAGGACGGGGGUCCGUGUUUAGAGGGGUUGAGUGUAGACGGGUACGGCUGUGUCUGCAGUGGCGAGAACUGUGAACCGCCUGCGCCGCCAUGCAAGUCCGAGCCGUGCUUCAACAGCGCCCCCUGUCAGGACAAUGGAAGCAACUACACCUGCAAAUGCUGGCCAGGGUUCAGCGGGCCCCAGUGUGAGCGGGACGUCGGGGAGUGCUCCAGCGGGCCCUGCCUUCACGGGGGCCGGUGCGUGGAGCGCUCCUGGCAGGCCCUGUACGGCAGCGAGGCCCUGCUGCCGGGCCCCUACAGCCCCCAGACCGCCCAGGGGUUCCUCUGCAGCUGUGCCCCGGGAACCACAGGCUCCCUGUGCCAGGAGGUGGUGGACGAGUGUGUCAGCGCCCCCUGCCGGCACGGAGGCCGCUGUGAGCCCCGUGCGGGGGGCUACUCGUGCCUCUGCCCCCCGCGCAGCGAGGACGGCGUCCUCUACGGCGGGGCGGACUGCGCCGUGCCGCUGACGGGCUGCGACGGCCACCAGUGCCAGAACGGCGGCGGCGGCUGCAGGCCCCUCCUCCACGACGACGGCCGCACCCACGGCUACUCCUGCUCCUGCCCCCCCGGCCUCACGGGGGCGCUGUGCCAGACCCCCACCGCCUUCUCCUUCCAGCGCAGCGGCCACCUGCGGCUGCAGAGCCCCCCGCCGCCGCCGCCGCCGGACGGCCAGGCCUCCUGCAACGUCACCCUGAGCUUCCGCACGGCGCUGCCCGGGGCCGUGCUCUUCCAGCGGGGCGGCGGCGGCGGCGGCCUCCUGCUGGUUCUGGAGCUCCGGAGGGGGCGGCCGCGCCUCACCCUGAAGGAGGGGCCCUCGGUUGGGUCUCAGGAGGAGGAGGAGGAGGAGGAGGAGGAGGAGGAGUGGGAGGGAGAGGAAGGGGAGGAGGAAGGGGAGGAGGAAGAGGAGAGCCAGACCCUGGAGCUCGGGCGCGCCGUGGCGGACGGGGAGUGGCACACGGUGGAGGUGCUGCUGAGGAACGGGACCCUGGGCCUGGCGCUGCUGGGGGAGGCGGGGGGGGGCUGCCGGGAGGCGGACUGCCGGGCCUCGGCGGCCCUCCGGAGCUCCCUGUCGGCGCUGCCGUCCCCCCUGGAGAACACCUUCGUGGGGGGGCCGCCGGGUGGUCCCGCGGGCACGGGGCGGCGGUGGCGGCGGCGGCGGCCGGCGUUCGUGGGCUGCAUGCGGGACGUGCUGGUGGACGGGCAGCUGGUGGUGCCGGGGGAGUGGCUGGGGGACUCCGCCCUCAACGUGACGGCGGGCUGCAGCCAUCGGGACCGCUGCCUGGACGCGCCCUGCCUCCACGGGGGCCGCUGCCUCAACCUGUGGCAGGCGCGGCGCUGCCGCUGCCCCCGGCCGUACCAGGGGCCCGACUGUGGAGAGGAGCUCGCCCCGGCCCGCUUCGGAGGCGGCGACUCCCUGAGCUCCGCCCUCUUCUCCGUCACGGACCCCCUCGGCCCGGACCUCGCCGUCUCGCUCUUCCUGCGGACGCGGCGCCCCACGGGGCUCCUGCUGGCCGUCGCCCCCGGCAACGGGAGCGACGGGGGCCCGUACCUGCGCAUGUGGCUGGAGGGCGGAAAGGUCAAAGUUCAGGUCGACGGCUCGGAGCGGCUGGAGUCCCGGGGCGCGCUCGGCGACGGGGAGCGCCACUUUGUGAGCGUGGAGGUGGGCGGGGCGAGGGGCGGAGUCACGCUGUCCGUGGGGGAGGAGCAGCAGGGCCACGCCCCCCAGGCGAGGCCCCUGGACGUCCGGGCGGGGGCCCGGGUCUCCGUGGGGGGGCUGCAGGAGGAGGGGCCGGGGCCCGGCUCGUUUAAGGGCUGCGUGCAGGACCUGAGGAUCAACGGCCGGAGGCUCCGGUUCUUCAGCCCGGGGGGGGCCCCAGCGAGGUCCUUCCCCCUGGAGGCCACGGCCAACGUGAGCGAGGGCUGCACCGGGGACGACGCCUGCCUGGCGAACCCCUGUCUGAACGGAGGCCAGUGUCUCUCCCUGUGGGACCACUUCACCUGCACCUGCCCCUCCCACACAGCAGGGCGGCGCUGUGAGGAGGUCCGCUGGUGUGAGGCGGCCCCCUGCCCCGCGGGCGCAGUGUGCCACCCCCUCCACCAGGGGUUCGAGUGCCUCUCCAACGUGACCCUGCUGAACGACAGCAGCGUCCUGUCCUACCGGGGGCGGGGCCUCCUGUCCCGGGACGUCGCCAGUCUGACCCUGAGCCUGCGCACCCGCCGCCGCCACGCCGCCCUGCUCCACGCCGAGAGAGGCUCCGCCUUCAUCACCCUCUCGCUGCAGGACGGGCGGCUCUGCAUGGAGCUGCAGAGUCACGCCGGAGGGGGGGAGGAGGGGGAGGAGGAGGAGGGGGAGGAGAAGAAGGAGGAGGGGGUAUCCACGGUCAGCCUGACGAGCCGGCGGCUGGUGAGCGACGGCGAGUGGCACAGCGUGCACCUCUUCAUGGCGGCCCCCUGGGCGCGGCGGUCCCGCUGGACCCUGGUCCUGGACGAGGACCUGGAGGGGGCCAGCACCUCGGCCGCGCCGGGGGGCGGCAACCUCAACUUCCUGCGGCGGGGCGUGGACAUCUUCCUGGGGGGGCUGGGCCCCGGCGUGGGCUGGGGCCUGGUGGGCUGCCUGGGCCCCGUGGAGCUGGGGGGCGUGGCCCUGCCCUACUUCGGCCCCGCCCAGCUGGGGGUCCCGCGGCCGCAGGCGGAGCGCUUCGAGCUGACGUCGGCGCCGCCGGCCCGGGGCGGGUGCGGGGGCGGGGCCGUUUGCGAGCCCGACCCCUGCCUGAACGGGGGCCGGUGCCGGGACCUCUUCGACCUGCACCGCUGCGAGUGCCCCGAGGGCUGGGCCGGCCGCCGCUGCGGCGCGCUCGUCGACACCUGCGCCUCGGGGCCCUGUCUCCACGGCAACUGCAGCGUGGCGGGCCCCGGGUACGCGUGCGCGUGCCACGUGGGCUUCGCCGGGCCGGACUGCGGGGAGGAGGCGGACGUGUGCGAGGGCCACCUGUGCGGCCACGGGGCCACCUGCCUGCACGGCCCCGGACGCUACGCCUGCCUGUGUGCCGAGAACUACACGGGGCCCCUCUGCAAUGAACGAGUUGAAGAGAUACCGUGGUACAUUGUUGUCAGAAAUAUACGGCCCCCCAAGCUCCCCGUGUCCUUCUGCGGCGACGAGGCCCGCAACUACACCUGCUUCAACGGGGGCAACUGCACCGAGCGCCUGCUGUCCUGCGACUGCCGGCCCGGCUUCACGGGACACCGGUGUGAGCAGGAGGUGGACGAGUGUAAGUCCAACCCCUGUCUGAACGGAGGCUACUGCCGCAACCUGAUCAACAAGUUUUCGUGCGUGUGCGACAUGAGCUUCACGGGCGAGGUGUGCCAGACGGACGUAAGCGACCUUUACUUUUACGUAGCCGUGCUGCUGUGGCAGAACCUCUUCCAGCUGCUCUCAUACCUCAUCCUGCGGCUGGACGAGGACGAGCCUGAGGUGGACUGGGGGGCGGAGGAGUGACCCCCCCGGGUCUGGGGGUGGGUCUGGGUGUCUGGGUGUGUGAGUGUGUGUGUGUGUGUCUGGUCUGGGUCUGGAUGUGUGUAUGUGUAUGUGUCUGUGUGUGUGUAUGCGUCUGUGUGUGUGUCCACAGCGUGUUUGUGUGUGUGUGUGUGUGUGCUAGUUAGUCUCUGUGGGAGUAUGUGUGUGUGUGUGUGUGUCUCUGUGUGUGUGUGUGUCUGUGUGUGUGUGUCUGUGUGUGUGUGUGUGUGCGUGUGUGUGUCUGUCUGUGGGAGUGUGUGUGUGUGUGCGCGUGUGUGUGUCUGUCUGUGGGAGUGUGUGUGUGUGUGUGUGUGCGCGUGCGUGUCUGUCUGUGGGAGUGUGUGUGUGUGUGUGUGUGUGUGUGUGUGUGCGUGUCUGUCUGUGGGAGUGUGUGUGUGUGUGUGUGUGUGUGUGUGUGUGUGUGUGUGUGUGUGUGUGUGUGUGUGUCGGUCUGUGGGUGGGAGUGUGUGUGUGUGUGUGUGUGUGUGUGUGUGUGUGUGUGUGUGUGUGUGUGUGUGUGUGUGUGUGUGUGUCGGUCUGUGGGUGGGAGUGUGUGUGUGUGUGUGUCUGUCUAUGUGCUAAAUUUUAAUCCAGAUACAUAAUCGCUAGAUCACUUUAAGUGUAAAAACCAAGAUAGUGUUUCAGAGUUUAGUUCAGAGCUGUGACUGUGCCUUAAUGACUCCUUGUCUUUACCAUAGGAUGAUUAAUAAUGUAUUUGUUGGUAAUCUAUGGAGAGUAAUAGGUCAUAGCUUCACACGAGUAGAGUAGGAAAGCUGGCUGGGAUCUAAUAUAAGUAUACAUCUACAUAAUAUACAUCUCCAUGUAUUACAUCUAAUGUAAGUAUAUCUUGCAAUGAUUACCUCGAUAUGGAUAAUAUCAUUAACGAAUGUGAAAAGGCAUUCACUUUUGUCAAAAGAGGGAAUCAGUUCCACCUUAAAACACAUCCCACUACUACAAAAACCAGAGACCCAGAGCUCCUAUCAUCCUAUGAUCACAACAGUUAUACAAGUAUCAUACAUUAACCAGCUGAUACACAUGAACAAUUCAUGCUAUAAAAACACAGCUACAGGAACAUAGCACUAGAGAACAAAAUCAAAUGACAGUUUUGCAUUUGCACGGAUUAGAAAAUGAGUUCUAAGGAUGUAUUUUAUAUGUAUGCCAAAGGUAUGUUCUUUGGUGACAGUGUCACUGUACUAGGGUAGUAAUGGAUUAAUUUGUCUUGAGAUAUCACGUAUAUAACCUGUUUGUUAGUGAACAGGCUGACAUUAGUGUUAAGAAAGACCAAACUAAGAGUUGGGAUUGGUUGAGGUCACUACUGGGACUGAUUGGCUGAUGGUAAUGGUAAGUUUGGGCCUUGUGUCACAUGGUCUGACUGUCAGACGAUUGUAUUUAAGAGCUGAGGACAUCUUUACCAUGCCUGUGUUUGUUGUGAGGGGUUUGCUUUGACUCUUGCAUGUCAAUCCAUGUCCAAAGAGAGUUAGUGAAAGAAGGGCGUUUGAAUGGCGACCCGUUCUUCCUCAUUCGUCGUGCGCGUCUGUCUGUGAUUUCUGUUUGUUUAGCAGUAAGACAGAUGUCUCCAGCGUGUCAUCUGUUUGUAUUUGUCUGUCAGUUAUUGUGUGUUUCACUUUCACUUUUCAUUCAUUCUGUCUUCAGCUUAGUGUCAUUGUCUGUAUUUCUUGUUUUCGAAUAAAACCGAAAAAAACAACAA